UUAACUGUAUUCGUGUUUUCCAAUGCCAUGCAACUCAAUAUCGUUGGGUUUAAUAAUAAUAGGUUUCCGUUGUAGUUUUGCUGCUGAUGCUUCGGAUUCUUGUAAUGUCACUAGAAUACAGAGAGGUUUACCUAAAAAGUGGCCAUGUGAAUGGGACAACGGACUAAUACCUUUUGCUUACAACUCAUACCUCCUUAAUCCAAAUCGUUUAGUGAACGUAGCUCACAGAGGCAUCAGACAUAUAGAAACACGGUCGUGUUUGAAGUUUGUUGAAUAUAAUCCCAUACAGCUGGCAAAAGACAAAAAUGUCACAUACCUCUUCUUCACGUUCUCCGACGUCUUAGAGUAUUGUUGCUUACCGACUUCAACAUAUUACAGACGACGGGUGGUACUAAUAACACCGCUUUGCACGCUGCCAGUACAGGUCGCCCACGUUACGCUUCAUGCCAUGGGACUGUUACAUGACCAGCGAAAACCUUUUUCAGCAGAAGAAGCCAUGAGAGUUCUCAAGUGUUAUAAUGUUUCUUCUUCGUCCUAAGAAUAAUAGGGUA